AUGGCUCUCUUCGUUUAUUUAUCUCUAAUCUUUUUAAUCUAUCAAUAUCAUGAUCAUCCAACCGUCACUGCCGUCACUUACCAUCCCCGGUCCGUUCUAAUUCCUGUAACCAAAGAUCCAAAAGCCCUUCAAUACCUAACCCAAAUCAAACAAAGAACACCUCUCGUGCCCUUGACCCUCGUACUUGACCUAGGUGGUCAGUCCCUAUGGGUGGACUGCGAAAGCGACUAUAUCAGCUCUUCAUACAGAUCAGUCCAUUGCGGUUCACCCCUAUGCAAGCUUUCCCCUUCACGGAUAUGCCGCGAUUGCUCUCCAGUCAAACCUGGUUGCAGCAAAAACUUUUGCAGCAUCUUUUCCGAGAAUACAGCCACUUGGUCCAUCGCGCCUGGAGAGCUAGCCACCGACCUCGUCUCUUUUCCCUCCACCAACGGAGUCCCACCGGCCCGCUUACCAUUCAAUUGUGGACCCACUUACCUCUUGGAAGGAUUAGCCGAAGGCGUAAAGGGAAUGGUCGGAUUAGGGUUGAGAAACUUGUCAAUCUCAACUCAACUCGCAGUAACUUACCGAUUCCCUCGGACGUUCGCCAUGUGUCUUGCCUCAUCAAAAGGAGUUGUAUUGUUUGGACACGGCCCGUAUAGUUUCCUCCCGGGGAUUGACAUGUCGAAGAGACUAACGUACACGCCUUUGAUCAUAAAUCCGGUGAGCACCGCGUCCGCAUUCUUCGAAGGUGAUAUUUCGUCGGAAUAUUUCAUGCAUGUACGUGCCAUCAAGUUUAAUGGACGAGAAAUAUCAAUCAACAAAACCCGUUUGAUCAUUAGCAAGGAUGGGAGAGGAGGGACCAAGUUCAGCAAUAUGAUACCCUACACAACCUUGGAGAGGUCCAUAUACAAAGCGGUUACGGCUGCGUUCGGUCGGUUUAUGAAGGUGGCGAGAGUGAAGGCGGUGAAGCCAUUCUCCAUAUGUUACAACUCGAGCAUGCUUGGGGUCACGCGAGUGGGGUAUGCGGUUCCGCAAAUUGAGCUUGUGCUUCCGGGGAAAUCGAGUUGGUUAAUCUUUGGAGCCAAUUCGUUGAUGAACGUGAAGAAGGAUGUUGUGUGUUUUGCAUUCAUAGACGGAGGGUUAAAUCCAGUAACUUCAAUUGUUAUCGGAGGGUAUCAGCUUGAGGACAAUCUACUUCAAUUCGAUUUGGGAAAGUUGAGGAUUGGCUUCUCGUCUUCGUUGCUAUUUUACAGGACUACCUGUGCCAACUUUAACUUCUCCUCCUCCACCAUAUCUAAUUACCCAUAA